AUGGCCUCUAAAGUUGAAUUAUAUUUUCAAUUAAAUACAAAGAUAUUAGAUCCUGAAAACCAAACUAACUACUCUCUUAAAAAAUUAUUAGGAAGAGGGGCUUAUGCUCAAUGCUAUCUUAUAGAAAAUGAUAAUGGUGAAAAUUAUGCUAUGAAAAUAAUUAAAUUAAAAGAUAUAAAAAGCAAAAAAGUACACGAAAAACUAAAAUCUGAGAUUGAAAUACACAAAGGGCUCGAUCAUCCAAAUAUUGUAAAAAUGUACAAGCAUUUUCGCAACGAAGAUUACAUUUUUAUGAUUUUGGAAUUGUGUGAGCGAGGAGGGCUUGAUGCUUUACUAAAACGUAAUGGGAAAUUAAAAGAAAAAUAUGUAAUUAAUUUUGUUAAACAAAUUAUCAAUGGAUUACUUUAUUUACACAAUGAUGUUCAUGUUGUACAUAGAGAUUUAAAACUUGGAAAUUUGUUUUUAGACUCGAAAAUGAAUGUAAAGAUUGGUGAUUUUGGAUUAUCUGCAAAAAUAAAAGAAGGUGAGCGAAAAGUUACAAUGUGUGGUACGCCGAAUUACAUUGCGCCUGAAAUUUUAUUUGGUAAAGAUGGAGGACAUUCAUACGAAGUAGAUAUCUGGUCACUUGGUGUAAUCAUUUAUACGCUUCUAGUUGGUGUUCCGCCUUUCCAAAAAAAGAAUGUAGAAGAAAUUUACAAAGAAAUUAAAAAAAAUAAUUAUAUUUUUCCUGAAGAUUGUGAUUUAUCAAGUGAAGCCAUAGACUUAAUAUCUUCCAUUCUUACACUUGAUCCAAUGGAAAGACCAGGUCUAGAAGAAAUUAAAGAGCACAAGUUUUUAAAUAAAAGAGAACAUUUUUUAUUGCGAAUUUAUAAAAAUAUUGUCACACACAAAUAUACAGAAUCUGUUGUAGAAUCAGAUUACGUUCUAUUUAGUUUACCUGUCAGUAAAUUAAAAGGAAUAGGUUAUGUAUUAAAAUCAGGAAUUCGCGGAUUUUAUUUUAAUGAUAAAAAAAAUAUAAUGUUAACAAAACAUAGUGUAAUUUUUAUACAGACAGAUGUAAUAGAUGGUAAAAAAACUUUUUUGAAAGAGGAACAUUUUAAAGAAAAUAUUCCUGAAGAUUUAAUGCCAUCUUACAGGGUACUUAAUUAUUUUAUAGAUACAUUUUUACACGAUUUUGAAUAUUCAGAUUGUAAACCGUCUUUUAUAAUGAAAAUUAGAAAAAUUAAAGGAGGCCUGCUUUUUGUGAUGGCAGACAGUACACUAAUUUUUGAUUUUACUAAUAAAAUUAGGAUAAUUAUUACAUGUAACGGAGAAACAGUUGAAUGUUUAAGAAAUUAUCAAACAAUAAAAUUUGAUAAUGAGCUUAGAGAAGAGUGUAUUGAAAUUAUCAAAAGUUGUUUGGGAGGAAAAUAG